CGAAUUCUACCAGACGUGCCUUGUCGAGUAUGUCAGGAUCACAGCUCCGGGAAGCACUACGGGAUCUUCUCAUGCGACGGAUGUGCAGGUUUCUUCAAACGAUCGAUCAGGCGACAUCGACAGUACGUGUGCAAAAAUAAGGGUGGUUGUGAAGAAGGCAGAUGCAUCGUGGAUAAGACCCAUAGGAAUCAGUGCCGGGCAUGUCGAUUGCGAAAAUGUCUCGAGAUCGGUAUGAACAAGGAGGCCGUCCAGCAUGAACGGGGACCGAGGAAUUCAAGUUUGAGACGGCAGAAUCUGCUCCUUGAGCAUCCACGACUGGCUCUAUCGGUAAGCGAGCGAAUAGAUUUUAAAUUAUGA